GCUCCCGCCACUCCCUCCGCGCAGCCGGGAGCGGGCGGAGCCUGCGCGGCGCCGCCGGUUUUAUCCCUAGCAUCCCUCCCUGUGCGGCAGCGGGGCAAGUUGACUGCGCUGCUGCUUUAGCACAGCGGCAUCGGGCGGGAGGGACCGGAGGCGCCGUCGCCGUCACCUGGCGCUGCGCUGCGGUGGGGGCGGGGCGCGGCGCUGUGUCUGCGGCAGCCCCGGGGCGCUGCUCGGGCGCUUUAAAGCUGCGGGAGCCGCCUGCGGUGGCAGCAGCAGCGGCGUUCGGAGAAGCGGAGCGAGGGGGAAGGAAGGCAUGGAGGGAAAGCAGGCGGUGUCGGCGUCUGCGAGCGAUGAGGGCGCCAAGGAUGCGCUGGGCAGACCGCUGGGUCCCACGCCGAGCCAGAGCCGCUUCCAGGUGGACUUGGUGGCCGAAGGGCCCCGCAAAGCGGGCGGGGACGUCGGCGCGGCAGGGAAGGGCGGCGAGGAAGCCAAGGGCAGAUUUCGCGUGAACUUCGUGGACCCGUCGGCCGGCGGCGAGAGCCUCGGCGAGCCCGGCUCGGAGAGCGGCAAUGUGAGCGGCGUCCAGAACGGCGGCGACACGGUGAUGAGCGAGGGCAGCCUGCACUCGGGCUCGGGCGGGCACCACCACUACUACUAUGACACCCACACCAACACCUACUACCUGCGCACCUUCGGCCACAACACCAUGGACGCCGUGCCCCGCAUCGACCACUACCGCCACACGGCCGCCGACCUGGGCGAGAAGCUGCUCCGGCCCAGCCUGGCCGAGCUGCACGAUGAGCUGGACAAGGAGCCCUUUGAAGAUGGCUACGCAAAUGGUGAGGAAGGCACCCCAGCCGGGGAAGCAGCUGUCACUUACACACCUGAUAGCAAAGGGGUGGUCAAAUUUGGAUGGAUAAAAGGUGUAUUGGUACGAUGCAUGUUAAAUAUUUGGGGGGUGAUGCUCUUCAUCAGACUAUCAUGGAUUGUAGGACAAGCUGGGAUAGGUCUGUCUGUCUUGGUGAUUGCAAUGGCCACUGUCGUGACAACUAUCACAGGACUCUCUACUUCAGCAAUAGCCACAAAUGGGUUUGUAAGAGGAGGGGGAGCAUAUUACUUAAUUUCACGAAGUCUGGGACCAGAGUUUGGUGGUGCCAUAGGUCUGAUUUUUGCAUUUGCCAAUGCUGUAGCAGUAGCAAUGUAUGUUGUUGGCUUUGCAGAGACAGUUGUGGAGCUACUCAAGGAAAAUGGAACGUUGAUGAUCGAUGAAAUGAAUGAUAUCAGAAUCAUAGGGGCUAUUACAGUGGUUAUACUGCUGGGUAUUUCCAUUGCAGGAAUGGAAUGGGAAGCUAAAGCACAGAUAGUCCUGCUGGUGAUCCUCAUACUUGCUAUCGGAGACUUCGUCAUAGGAACAUUUAUUCCUUUGGAUAGCAAGAAACCUAAAGGAUUCUUUGGUUAUAAAGCUGAAAUAUUUAUGGAGAAUUUUGGACCAGAUUUCCGAGAUGAUGAAACUUUCUUUUCUGUAUUUGCUAUUUUCUUCCCUGCUGCAACUGGCAUACUUGCUGGUGCAAAUAUCUCAGGGGACCUUGCGGAUCCUCAGUCAGCCAUACCUAAAGGAACGCUGUUGGCCAUCUUAAUCACUACAUUGGUUUACGUAGGAAUUGCAGUAUCUGUAGGUUCCUGUGUUGUGCGAGAUGCCACAGGGAACGUUAAUGACACCAUUGUCACAGAGCUGACAAACUGCACUGCUGCAGCCUGCAAAUUAAAUUAUGAUUUCUCAUCCUGUCAGACAAAGUGUCCCUAUGGGCUGAUGAACAAUUUCCAGGUAAUGAGCAUGGUAUCAGGAUUUGCACCACUGAUUUCUGCAGGUAUUUUUUCAGCCACGCUGUCUUCUGCUCUGGCAUCUCUUGUGAGUGCACCUAAGAUCUUCCAGGCUUUGUGCAAAGACAGCAUUUACCCAGGAUUUCAAAUGUUUGCUAAAGGCUAUGGGAAGAACAAUGAACCACUGAGGGGAUAUAUUCUAACAUUUUUAAUUGCUCUUGGAUUCAUACUAAUUGCUGAACUGAAUGUCAUUGCUCCAAUUAUUUCUAAUUUCUUCUUGGCCUCAUAUGCAUUGAUUAACUUCUCUGUAUUCCAUGCUUCUCUAGCAAAAUCUCCAGGUUGGCGCCCUGCUUUCAAAUACUACAAUAUGUGGAUUUCUCUUGUUGGAGCUAUUUUGUGCUGCAUUGUAAUGUUUGUCAUUAAUUGGUGGGCAGCACUUCUAACAUAUGUCAUAGUUCUUGGACUUUACAUUUAUGUCACUUACAAGAAACCAGAUGUGAACUGGGGGUCCUCUACACAAGCAUUGACUUACUUGAAUGCACUGCAGCAUUCUAUCCGGCUCUCAGGAGUGGAAGAUCACGUGAAGAAUUUCAGACCUCAGUGCUUAAUUAUGACAGGAGCUCCAAAUGCACGUCCAGCUUUGCUUCACCUUGUCCAUGCUUUCACCAAGAAUGUGGGCUUGAUGAUCUGUGGCCAUGUGCAUAUGGGUCCUCGGAGGCAGGCCAUGAAGGAACUGACUACUGAUUUGGCUAGGUAUCAGCGAUGGCUAAUUAAAAACAAGAUGAAAGCUUUCUAUGCACCAGUGCAUGCAGAGGACUUGAGGGAUGGAGGACAAUAUUUAAUGCAGGCUGCUGGUCUGGGUAGAAUGAGACCUAACACCCUUGUUGUUGGAUUUAAGAAAAACUGGAGGCAAGGUGAUAUGAGAGAGGUUGAAACCUAUAUCAACUUAUUCCAUGAUGCCUUUGAUGUUCAGUAUGGUGUGGUUGUCAUUCGCUUGCAGGAGGGCCUAGACAUUUCUCAUCUUCAGGGCCAAGAAGAGUUACUGUCAUCCCAAGAAAAAUCUCCGUGCACCAAGGAUGUCAUAGUAAAAGUGGAUUAUAGCAAGAAGUCUGAGACAGACACUUCUAUAGCUUUUGCUCCAUCAUCUAGUGAAAGAACUCCCACUCCACGUAAAGAGGAGGACGAGGAUGGAAAGACUUCAACACAACCACUGUUAAAAAAAGAUUCAAAGAUCUCAUCUUCUCCUUUAAAUGUGACUGACCAAAGACUUCUUGAUGCCAGUUCUCAGUUUCAGAAAAAACAAGGCAAAAGCAAUAUUGAUGUCUGGUGGCUCUUUGAUGAUGGAGGUUUGACACUGUUGAUUCCGUAUCUUAUCACAACCAAGAAGAAGUGGAAAGACUGUAAGAUCAGAGUGUUCAUUGGUGGGAAAAUAAACAGGAUUGAUCAUGACAGAAGAGCGAUGGCUACUUUGCUGAGCAAGUUUCGGAUAGACUUUUCAGAUAUUAUGGUUCUUGGGGAUAUUAAUACUAAACCAAAGAAAGAAAACAUUGCAGCUUUUGAGGAAAUGAUAGAGCCAUUCCGACUUCAUGAGGAUGAUAAAGAGCAAGAAGUUGCAGAUAAAAUGAAAGAGGAUGAACCAUGGAGGAUAACAGAUAAUGAACUUGAGCUUUACAAAACAAAGACUUACCGACAGAUUAGGCUAAAUGAGUUGCUGAAAGAACAUUCAAGUACAGCUAACAUAAUUGUCAUGAGUUUGCCGGUUGCACGAAAAGGUGCAGUUUCUAGUGCACUGUACAUGGCCUGGUUAGAAGCCCUUUCUAAAGAUCUGCCACCAAUUCUCCUUGUUCGUGGGAAUCAUCAGAGUGUUCUGACCUUCUAUUCCUAAGAGUACUGCACAUGGCUCAGCUGUGAUGAAAUGGUACUUCCGUGACCAGGGGAGAGUGACUGACGUGGUCUAUAGUUCAUUAACAUCACAAAGGCAAAAAGUGACUCUUCUUUCACUAUUUCACUGACUUGAAAGCACACAGGGGGAAAGUCACUGUAUUUCUAAAAUUGUGACAUCUUCAGUUUUAUUCUAUAUUUUCUGUAAUUUGAUCUUGCUUAAUCGGGGAGGAUUCCUUGUUAGACUGAAGAACAAGACAAGCUUUUUUGUUUGCUAUUUGAAUAGCAGCAAUAAAAUGUUGUAUUUUUGAUCAAUGAAAGGAUUAUAGAUUUAUAAAAGCCUUUUAGCCUUGAGGUGCCUUCUGAAAUUAACCAAAUCUCACCCAUACAUCCUAUUUUGUAAAUUUAUAUAGAAUGUCAAAAUCUGCCUUCAACUAAGAGUUUAGAUCAGACUUCCUUUAGUUUCUAGUCUCUUCCAUAUUACAAUAAAAAUGAAUGCUGCUUUUCAGUCUUCCAUUGAGCUAUUAGUUCUUAGUACUGUAUGUUUUCUAUCGUCAGACAGUUUUGGGGUUUUUUUAUUAUUAUAUCUGUUAGAUUUAAAGGUGAGAAUUGGGGCAGGUCAGUUGAGCUAAAGCAAAUCCCUGAUGUUAUUGUCAAGGUUCAUUCUACUAAUGAAAAUAAAACUAAUGUUACUUGCGGAGUGCAUCCUUUUCUCAAAUUUGACAAUUGUGUAAUACUUGGGCACUAGUCUGAGACAGAAAACUAACAUUAGCUUCUUUGGCCGAGGAUACUGGUCAGUCUUAGCUCUACUAUUAAACGAGAUUCAUCUUGCUGGGUGAGGCUUUUUAUCUUAACCACAAAUUAGAAGAAAAUGAAAAGACCUGUCCUAAUUCUUGUCCUGUUACAUUUUAGUGUCACUUUCAACUUAUUUUUGAAACAAAACUCAACUUAAGGCUUGAAUGGGGAUAAUAUAAGCAAUGUGAUGCUAUCUAACAGAAAACAGUAAACACUAUGUGGAAUUGUGCUAUCCAAUAUGAAAUGUAAAAGCUGCAGUUCUCUUGCAUUUUUCAACAAAUGGUUAAAAGGACCACUAGUUAUUAGGGGAGAUGUUUUUAGGUCAAUUCGUUCAGUUGUCAGAAAAUACAUUUAGUCUUAUUAAAUAAUACUCAGGUUUGAUUGUCUAGCAGUUUUGAUCUAUUCCAUACAUUUUACUUUAUACAUUUUCUAUGUUCACUAAAAAAACUGCCAGUCUUGUGUGCCCUUUCAUUGUAUAUUUUGAAAACUUCAUAAUUUAAUCUACUAUGAACACCUGCAAAAGGAAUUUCACUCGAACCUUUAUAUAAAGGUUAGUAAUGUGAACUGUUUUUUAAAUUCCUAAUAAGUUUUGGAUAGGAAGGAUUGCCUAAAAACAUUUCACAAGCUUUUGAUAUUAUUAUUGGACAUGCUACUGGAUCAGUUUAUCAGUGGGUGAGUGACUUUCAUUUAAGGAUGCACAGAAAAGGUGUUUUGUGGUUUGAUUUCUGGGGGGGUUUUUUGUUUGUUUUUUGCUAAAUGCAGGAUCAAAUUAAAAUGUAACUGUUCCUUCUGAAGGACAAAGCAUAAUCAUUGUGUGGCAAGGUAGAGCUUCAACUUUUGAUUAAAGAUUAAAAAUAUUCUACACUGUGCAGUAUACAUUGUUGUCAAGUUCUUGGUAAACUGCAAAAAGUCUUUUGGGUUUUUUUUUUUGUUUGUUUUGUUUGGUUGGUUUGUUGGUUUGGUUUUUUUUUGUUUUGUUUUGUUUUUUUUUUGCUAUUUCUAUCAUUUGGAUUUGAGACUAUUGAAUCAUUUCACUUUGAAAAACUUAAGAAAAACAAACAUGCAUGUCUUGCUGCUAAGUGUGAGAUAACUGAUGCCAGCAUGAACCCAGCUUGUUAUGAUAAACAUUGUAAGACAAAGACAGCUUGCAGUAAAAAUGGUGUUUCCUUCCCGGUGAGGGGGUUUGGAUCAAACAUACCAACAUAUCUAUCACAGAUUUUACAGUGUUUUUUUAGGGGAUGAGGUUGUCACAUUGUGCAUAUGGAAUCAUUACCACCUUUCUUGUUGUUUUGUGGGUAACAUUCUUUUGAGCAGAGGGACAGUAUGGCAUGGACUUAGUGCUGCUAUCUUGAAAAAAAAAAAAAAAAAAACAGAUGUGCACAGGUACACUUAUUUAAGACGUUUAUUUGCCCAUUCAGGAAACCAUUGCUUGUGAUCUGUAACACAACACAGAAACCAAAUGAAGUGUGUGUGUACAUGCAUAUAUGUGUAUAAAAUUAUAUAAAAUAUAUAAGUAUGCAUAUGGGGAUAGUUAAGGUAAUGUCUGUGAAAUAAGAUAGGAUGCUUUUCACAUGCACUCUCAGGAGUUCACACUAAUGCUGGGCAGGAGGCCAAGUUUCAAUAUCAUUUGCUCACUAAAAUUUGAACAGUUAGUGGUAAUUGUCUACAACAGAUGUCAGUUAGUGGCAGUCACUCCAACUUCUGCUUUGAUUUUGACGCCAAAUUUACUUAUGUUUCAAUCAUCAUUAAUUACGUGGAAAAUGAAAUCGCUUACACAUGGCAAUUCAUACCUUCUGUAGAUUAGGUUCCUUUGUAUGGGUUUAGAAAGUAAUAGCUGGCAAAAAUCAAUUAUUUAUUUGUUCACUUGUAUUUAGGUUUCCUUUUACAUACAUUCUUUUUAUAUGCUUUUUCUGACAUUGCAUAUUUAAAAAUAACUGAAAAUAACUUAAAAGAUUUGAGCGUUCAGUGGGUCGUGGCCCACUUGGUUUGAAGAUGUAAGAUUUGACACUGUACUGUAACUGUCACACACAAAUGCUUUUCUAAUGUUUUAACGUAAUUAUUGCAGUUAAAACUUUGUACCAGGGGGAUGUCACUGCAAUAAAAGGAAGUGAAUUCAAUACAA